GCAACUCAUAAAAACAAUCUAGAUUCUUUUCUGUAGUAUUCUAAGAAAUGUCUCAAAGUGUGAGCAAGUACAAUGCAGCCAGUCAGCACAGUUAACCCUGGCAGAACCCAGCUGGCUUUGACAAUAACUUAAAUUUCUUGAAAAUACACUAACCCUAAAAUUAACUUUCAUUUUCUUACUAAAUGAGGCAUUAUGACUGGUAUGAGUGCAGCAAGGUUAUACAUGAGAGCUGAGCAGAGGAUUGAAGCGUAUGGAAGUUCAGCACUAGUCAUCAUGACAGAGUUCAGUCUCCAGGUGACAGUGUUGCUGUUUGUGUGUGUGACCCUGUGUGCAGAGCAGAUCUCAGAGCUGCUGAAGCCUCACAGAGUCUGUCUGGUGACACCUGUUGUCCUGAACCACUCCAGUCAGCCAUGCAGUGUUGGCCACAGGUUUAUGGUACUGAGCCUGUGGAGGGGUUACCUGGUUCUAAACAAGCAGCCUGUCAGGGUGGAGAGCACAUUCAGCUACCUGGAGAUUUGCUCCAUUAACAUUCACAGUCUCACACAGAUUAUGUUGCAGACAGACCGGCAGACUCUGUCUUUCAGUGUGCUGCAUGUUGAGGAACUUGAGGCCAUGGUCAGUCAUAUGAUUGGCUCAUUGAAGAGGAUCUUCCCUGACUCAUCUCCAGGAAAGCUGUUAAAGACAGUUACUCCAGAUCUCCAGCAGAAACUCCUCACACUGACUACUAUGAUAGAAGAGCAAGUGAAUAGCCAGUCUGGCUCCUGUGGAGGAUUUUCUGACACCUAUGCUGCUUUGUGUGAUUUCAACGAGAUGCCAUUUAGAGAGGAGAUUCAAUGGGAUGUUGACAACAUCUACUACAUCCACAACUGGAGAAAGUUCAACCUGCAGGACUUCAGCCACUUAGACAGCAGAGAUUUGGCUUUAGCAGUAGCAGCUCUGUCCUUCAACCAGUGGUUUACCAAGAUCUACUGCAAGGAACUUAAACUGUCAGUAUAUGUCCAGCAACAGCUGACCUUCCUGCUGUCCAGAUCGCCCAGUCUGAAGGAACUCUCACUGGAGGCCGGUGGACUCAAACAGGACUUUGCAAUCAAAAUGGCAGCUGCCCUACAGGAGCACCCUUCAUCUGUUCUGCAAUCUAUCAACCUCUCAGGCAAUCCAAUUGAAGACAAAGGUGUAAUAGCUCUCAGUCAAGAGUUGGGGAAUCUACCUGAAGGACUCAAACAACUAUCUCUGUCCCGUGUAUUAAUGACUGCUAGAGGUCUUGGCUGUCUGAGUCAGGUGUUAUCUUCAUGUCAGCUCUUCUCAGCUUCCCUGACCCAUCUCAAUCUGUCUGGUAACCCCGGCAGUCUGGUUACUGAAGAAGCCACGUUUCUCUUCAAGUUCUUGUCCAGCACUAACUCUCUAUCUCAUCUGGACCUCAGUGAUACCAGCUGCCCUCUGGAUACGUUAUUUGUGUCCCUGUCUGCUGGAUGUUGUUACAAACUGAUACACCUGAACCUGGCCAGGAAUCCUUUCAGUCACAGAAAGGUACGAGAGGUGACCAGGAGCAUUCAAGAGUUCUUCAGUCAGGGCUGUGAGCUGAAAUAUGUGGGCCUAUCAGGGACCAAACUACCUCCACAAGCUCUCAGGUUAUUACUACAAGGUCUGGCCACUAACACUCGACUCUUUGGGCUGGAGUUGGACCUCAGUAGCUGUGAGGUACAGUACACAUUCACACACAUGCAAAAACAGUUUUUGUUUUGUUCUUCUUCUAUCAAAAGUCUCGAUAUAUCUGACAAUGGUUUUGAGAAUGAUAUGGUGACUCUGGUCCUGUCUGUUGGUCGUUGUCAUUCUCUUCGACACCUCACACUGGGGAGAAACUUUGCCAUGAAGUCCAGAGCUCUCACUGAUGUUCUUCAUCGUAUAGCUCAACUCAUUCAGGAUGAAGAGUGUCCUUUACAGUCUCUAUCAGUGUGCGACUCCAGACUGAAGACAGGGAUGCACAUCUUGCUGAGUGCUUUGGGCAGCCAUGCUGCUCUGGUUGAGCUGGACAUCAGUGGAAACAACAUCGGAGACACUGGAGCCAAAAUGCUGGCUAAAGCCCUGAUGAAUAACACCAGACUGAGGAUUCUAACAUGGGACAGAAACAAUGUAACUGCCAGGGGUUUCCAGGACGUGGCUGAUGCCUUGGAAUGGAACUUCACUCUGCAGCAGAUGCCUCUCCCCCUGGCUGAUAUCACACAGAGUUACCGCAGUAACCCUGAUGGAACAAAAGAGGCCCUUCACAAGAUUCAGCACUGUUUAGACAGAAACAACCAGAGACAGUCUGACACAGUGGAACUUCAGCAAGUGUUUAGAACUAAACAAUCUGAAAAGCUGGCCCACGGUAUGUGUCGCCUGGAGAACAGCCUUCAACGUUUAAACCAGUGCAACAUGCAGGAGGUCAAGGCUGACAUUCUGACAGCACACGAGGUGCUUGACAAUGCCAGGGAGUGCUGCAAGCUGCUUCCCUCGUUGUAUGAGGCUAGUAUGAAGUGUGCCUCUGAUGAAGACUUGGUGAACUGUAUCCUCGCUGACACUGCCUCUCUACUGACUAACGAGUUCACUAGAAGCAUACAGGAGAUGACUGAGGAACUGAUGAUGUGUGCAGAGGCAACGUGUCCACGGGUGGUCCAGCGGUCAAGUGUGUGUGAGUGCCUGUCAGAGUGUGUGUCCAAAAGAAGCAGACAGACAGACGCAUUCUUGAAAACCACUCUGGUGGAGAACACCGGGCACAUAAUCAUCAACAGACUGCGUGAACUGAGACAAACACUGAGAGCUUCUCUGGCUGAAAGCAUCAUAGAACAGAUACUUCUGGAUCUGAAAAUGGAACAGGACAAAAUGGAUGCACUUAUCAAAGAAAACUCAUGUAAUGCUCUGAAAAUCAACGUCCCAGAGCUCCAGCUAGUUGACACCGACUUCCCAACUGAUGACUACAGUCCAGCAUUUUGGAGAAAUGGUUCCCGCUCCAAGAGUCUGAGGCCUGCCCCUUCUCUCAGGAGUCUCCGGGAUGCAGACUGCGAGCAUCAGGCCAGGGAUGGAGGAGCAGAGAGAGAGGGGGGAGGAGGUGCUAGAAAAGAAGAAAAAGGAGGAGGAGGAAAGUGUGGGCUUGCUCAGCUGCUGACAGUUCCCCUGUCAGUCAUGGCCACAAGCCCCUCCCCUUCCACAUCCCUGUCCCCCUCCCCCCUGGGAUGUGGAGGGAGGGGGCGGAGGGAAGGGGAGGUGUCCAUGUUGGAUGCUGCAGCAGCAAUAUCGGGAGCGAGAGGAGCAUCGUUCAUUCCUCCUCCCAGUCUUCCCUUCUCUGCUCGAGCUCCAGAGGAGGAGGCUGCUGGCCACGGAGGCUUAUCCAGACAACCGGCUCCCUUCCCUGGCUGCAGCCUCAGCCCAGGCCCCCUCCCCAGCUUUGGAUUCCCCACUUCUCUCAUGGAGCCUCUACCCACCCAGGGACAGACGCUAAGGCACUACACUGCCUCCCGACCACGGCCACGACACACACGCACACAUCCCCCCUCCUCCAGGCCUCAGGAGCCAGUGUCAAAGGUAGAGAAUGAAACCAGUGAGGGGAUGGGCAGAGUGGAUGAAGGAGUAGAGGAGUUUUUCACCAAGAAAAUCCUCCCUGACUAUGCCCUAAAAGGCUGGUGGGAGGAGUCAGACCCUGUUCAUGCCACUCCCCCAGAGCCAAGCCCCGCCCCCUCAGCCUCAACCCCUUUUUCCACUUCAUCUGAGAAUAUCACCUUCUCCACCGCCACCACUGUCACCUCUCCCUCCGUCCCAUGUCCUGACACAUCAUUGACUUCCACUGAUGUUCCACCUUCCUCUACAUCCUUUGCCCCCCCCGCUCCCUCUUCUGUUACCUCCACCAUGGCCACACUUCCCACCAAAAACAUAAAGAAAAAGUUUGGCGACUUCUUUGCCUUCAAGAGGGCUCGAACAGGUCGAGCCAUCAAGGGGGGAGGAGGGGGAGAGGGAGGAGAGUGCAUGAAAGUCAAAAGGACCUCCAUUGUAGAUCUCAUUCGACCCGCCCGGGAGGUGAAGGAGAGGGACAAAGAGAGAGAGAAGGAGAGAGGGGCACGGUCAUUGGAAGAUGCUAACAUUUCUAAUGAUGCUGCCGCCACAGAAGGAACUUGUGCCACCAGCGACUGUCCCUCAGGCAAUGCAAGGGAUGUAAUGGCACCUGCCAAGAUAUUAACCAUGACAACACCUCGCAGUGAAACCCUUCCCUCCUACCCCACUCUCACCACAAGCCCUGACAUCACACCUGCUAUGCUUUCCAGCCUGGAAGGAGAGGUGGUUUCUGUCUUGCCAGGUUGCAGCCCCAGUCCGGUGGACACUUCCCCUAUAACGGUGGAGGAGAGGAGCAGUGUGCUGACAAAGGAGAUGAAGUUGGGAGGGACUCCAUAUGGAGAGAGGAGACUGAAGGUGACCAAGAGGUCACUGAGGGAGGGCAAGAGCCAGAGUCUCAUACUGCUGACGGGAUCUGAACCUGAAGACAAAGAUAACGCACACAUUAAGAAGCAUGUGUCUGAGAGCACAUCUAGUUUUGAACAGAGGCUUCAGAUGAUGCUGCACAGAAUGGGUGUGGCCAAAACUCCACCUGCUGACACCAAGAUGAGCCAGAGUAAAGAUGAGGAGCUGAGAAAGGCCAACUCUGAAGGUGCUAUCCUGGACAAACCUGAACCACCUCCCACAUACAUGAAGCCCAGAACCCUGUCAACCUCAUCAGCAGACCCCAGGCAUCCUAUGACAGCUCUGGACCCCACCCGACUGCACCCUCCCCUUUACCCAAAGCCUGCACUUCCUGACCGUCCCAUUGCUCCCCUGCCUCCCAAACCUGCCAUUGCAGCCAAGCCUCCACUCCCUACCCUAGCUGCUCCUCUAAGGGGAGUAGCUUGUCCAUCUUCUGCUCCUAGCAGCUCAGCAGAGGCAGUCCAGCUCAGAGCACACAUGCAUGAUGGCAGACCAGGGGAGACUACAGCACAGAAUGGAAGCCAAGACAGUCCCCAGGGUGCAGCCUCAGCUGCAUUCCCCAGGAAAGAGCUGCUUCCUUCAGCCCCAUCUCCUUGGAGGGGUCCCAGUGCACAGGAUCGCUCUAAAAAAGCACAAUCUCUGACUGACGAGAAUCUUCCUAAGCCACACCAACCUAUGAAGCCCCUUCCACAGCGUAGAGCUGUGUCUGUCCAUGAGGAUGCUCUGGCCAUGACACAAGAGUUGAAGGCAGUGUUACACAGGUCACCCAUUCAUUUCCGAGGCAACAGAGGAGAGCUGCCCAUCUGCACUGAAGAUCCUUCUAGUGGGGAAGAAGCACAAAUAGCCCAGCAGGCCAAUGACACAGGGAAACAGACAGCUGACAAACAGAAGGAAGCUGUCCAGAAGAAAGAGCUAAAGGCAGAGAAAGGAAGGAUGGGCUGUGGUGGGACUGCAGCUGAAACCAAGCACCCCACUAGAGUAGAGGAAGGCUCUGGAUGUCUCCUCUCUACAGCUCAGGCUCAGCAAGAAGUAUCAGGACCCCAACUCUUUAGUCCAGCUGCAGCCCUUGACAAAACUAAAUCCAUUGUGGAGAGGCCACCAGCACUAUCACAGACCACGGAAAAGCCUCCUGUAACCCCCACAUCUGAGAAAAAAAGGCCCAGCAUAGCCCCAGCAUUAGCCCAGACUCUGGAAAAACUGCUGGUGUCCCCACCACCCCAAGAAAAGACCCACAGCACAAUCACAACUGCAUCUGAAGCUCCAGUAAGGCCCCAAGUGAGCCCUCUGUCCCAUAAAAAAGAGACCCCUGGCAAAGAAUCGGCCACAUUGGAUCUGAUAAACAGCACACAGGAGAGAGGAGAGGGGAUCUCUAAGCAGCACACAGCGAAGGCAGAGCCAGCAGACCAAAGUGAGCCCCCUCUCUCUGAAUAAUACACAGGAACCAACUCUGAGGGGAAAAGACAUACCUGGGAGAGAGAGGAGGGAGGUCUGUGACAACACAGAGAUCAGGAACUGGCAGGGUACCUGCUGUGUGAAAGGAGUAUGAAUGUUGUAUCCUCCUGUAGAAUAUAACUGCUGUGUCCCAUGUCAGUGGUAUGUCCUUCCACACUCUGAGAGCUAAAUAUUAUUUAGUACAUAUGGUUGCUGCAUAUUGUUAUUGCUAUCUUACUGCUUCUGCCUCUACAGUCGGCAUGCCAGGGGUUUGGGCUGAGUCCAGUGGUGAAAUGCAUGCAAGCAACAGACCCAGAACAAGAGAAGUUCCAUGACAACUUCCUUCUGCAGGCUAUAACUAGUUUCAAGGUGAUUGCUUAAAAUAAACUUUUUUUUUUUAACUUUAUGAACUCAUUGAUUAGGAGUACCAGUUAUGCCAUCCAGUUUGGUUUGUGUGAAGCAUCCAUUAUUCACACACAUUUGUCGGCUGGGCUGCAGCAAACAUACAGAUGUUGGCUUGUGUUAGCUAGCAACACAUGCAUUAAUCAUGCAUUUUCAGUGCAUGUCUGUGCGUAUUGACAGCUCAUCCUCUGACUGAUGUCAAGAGCUACUGGGUCCACACACAUUUUCUCCUUAAAUUCAUUAAACGAAGUCAUAACGCUGUAGGGUUUCUGGGAGAUUUUUGCUCAAGUUGAAACAUUUAACUCUGCCUCAGUUUGCACGACCAAGGACAAAUCUGCACGCAUUUACAUCCACGCAUUUAAUUAAUAUGCCACUUUCAAAAUUCAGUCUGAACACACCUUUAAAACUUGUUGUCAGCUGAGUCCUUACAAGGUGGCUGAGUCUGAAAUGGGACACGGCUUACAUCAUGUAAAUGAGCAAAGAGAUGAGAGCAUCAGCUGAGUGGAUGUGAAACCUCUGUUGUGAGUGCUGCACAAACAGAUAGCUGAGUUGAAAAACCAUGUUUGUAUCAUUAGUUCAUCAACAUGUUAGAUUCCAACACAUUAGGUGUCAAAGACACAAAUCACUUGCUUAUACAUGUUAUCAUUAUCAUUAUCAUUUGAAGUUCCAUGAUGUUCUUUAUAGCUUGAAGAUGCUAAUACAGCUCUCUUUUCAUUUUGCCUUCUUGAAUGUCUUUUCAAUUCCAGAUGACCAGGUUUCCGAAUAAAGGCCUCCUCAAUGACACAUUGUGAUUUUCAUUUAGGUGAUUAAAAUUUAUUACUCUAAUUAAUUUUAAUUAGGAAUUUGGAGUAAAUGUUAAAAUGGCAGUGAUUCAAAAUUGUUGUUUUAAAUCUUGCUUUUAAUCUUUUCUUAAUUUUCCGCUUAUUUUUUGUCAUUAGACUGAUAUAUUGAAUUAUUUUGCCAUUCAUUGUGACAUAGCCUUUUGUUUGAGGGAGGAUUUUUGGCCCAAACCAAUCACUGUGACAUCCAUCAUCUCAGUGUCAUUUCAGUCCAAACAGAGCUGUUAGCAUUAGCAGAUAUUAAUUACGCUGUAUCACAUUAGUCAAAUGCACAGAGUCAGCAGGACCCACUGAGCCACAAAAGCCUUAUUUAUGGGAAAUACACCGUGUUAAAAUAAACAUACUUUAAGAUGCAUUACUGUACUGAGGUAGCUAGUUUCAUGUGAGAUAAGAACAUUGCCACUAUCCCAGAUACACAUUGUGCAAACUGCAUUUUGAUCUGCAGUUGGCAGUCAGUUUACUGUACAACAUUCUCAAUAGUUAUGUUAGUUUCAUUCAGAUUUACCUUGAGUUGUUGUGUCCUGCCUUUGGCACAGUUAGUUAUCUCAGCUAAAGUUCUAAUCACUGAGGUUUUCAAUGGCUCAGAUGUUCUAACAACUGGGAAACAUCCUCUCAGAAGCACAACAAAAGACCUUCGAAUCACUCCAUAAAAGGUCCAAUAUGAGUGGCAAUUUGGGGGGUUUGGACCAGGCGAAGAUUAACCUACAGUAGAUAAAGCUCAAGGUUUUGCCUUAAUUUGACAUUUGUUUUUUUUAAACAAUAUAUCCCGAUUUUUGUAUUUAUUUUCUAAAUUUUACUCUUACUACAGAGAGAUGUGGUAGCUCCCAGCAUCUUGAAAAAAAUUACAGUUCAAGAAAUUAUCUCAAUUUUCUGGCUAUUUUUCAUUUUAUACAUUGAAAAAUCCAUUUCCUUUAAACUGUUUAUAGCAAGUCCUAUCUCAUUCAAGUGGGAAUAUUGUCUGACUUUUAUUCUAAGCAUGUCUUUUGCCUUGUUUAGUGUUUUCACAUGAACCCUUUCAGAAUCUCCAGAUUAAUACCUGAGACACUAAAACUCUGCAUGUUUUAUAUAUUUAUUAAAUCACAUCUAUAUUUGACAUUUAGAUCUAUUCAGGUUCAGUCAUUCCAUUAGACCACAGGACCAGAUAAGAUCCUAAUAAAAGACCAGUAUAUCCACUAAACUGUAGGCGAUAACAUGAGUGUAUUGAGUCAAUAAAACUCUCAGGGUGGUUGUAACGAAUGGUGUGUGUUUUGUAGGAGGAGACCUCAGUUCAGUUCUCUGUGUUGUCAGCAACCUUGGGCCUCUGUCUCAUCCUGGGCUAGAGUUUAUUUUUUACCAUCAUGUUUAUCUUUGCCUUGCACACACAGAAUAUGUACAAAACUACAUGAAGCAAACACAAAGUUAUAAACAGAGUGUAAAUCCAUAGCUAUACUUGUUAAUAAAAGUUGACUGAGUUGUGUCAUAAUUUUGUGCUCUUUU